AUGGUUGUUUCGCAAAGGUGGGUCGCAGAUGCUGAUGCAUAUCUGGACAGGCCACCGCAAAAGUUUACUAUAGAUGAAGAAGAAACAAAAGAUGCAUUGGUUGCUGUUCAUGCUCUCACUGAAAAGGAUGCUGUUAUGCAAAAUCGAGUAUUACGAGUGCUAUUUGCUGCAUUUCUUGAUGUGUUCUGCGAGUCCGUACCAAAUAAUAUCAGGGAUUAUGUGAAGAGUGAACUCAGCCUAAUGCUUGUAAAGAUGAACGUUGUGCCCGGUUUGGUGUUCUCGGAAGAGUUUUUGUCGGUUCGUAGAACGUUUGCCGGAAUUGUGUCAACAGUUAUCAAAAAUUGCUUCACUUCUGAUCCGAAUGUGGAUGCAAGACUUUCCAUUGAGAAAUGUACGAUUUUGUCGAGUAGAUAUCGUAUCGAUUUUGAAGAAAUUGAGCGAAUUGGAUCGGGCGGGUUCGGUACUGUAUGGAAGGUGAAAUGUCUAGUUGACAGAUGCUACUAUGCCAUCAAGAAGAUACCGCUAAAAUCUAAUAACACAGCACUUACCGUGAAGCUUCUCAAUGAAGUACACCUUUUGGCUAGUCUUCAACAUGACAAUAUCGUACGUUAUCAUACUGGCUGGAUCGAAAUACUUCGUGAGAUGGUUGGACCUAGCGCCCCUACUGCUACUCAAUCCUCUAGUUCCGUUGUUAUUACUGAAGUGGAUGACGAUGUGGCAGAAGAUGUGAAUUCAACUGAACCGUCUAACUCUACAACGACGGUAACUACAGAGAAUUCUGAGUCUGCAACUGCUACAACAAUCACUCUCUCUUCAUCUGAUAAUAGUUCAUCUACUACCGGACCUGGAAGAUUUUGGGCACGAGGUGAACAUGAUCAAGCAUCUUCACCGCAGUUCUCCGAUGAAGCGAUUGGAUCGGACGGGGAUUCCUAUCAUACUGCUAUAAAACCUUACGAGAAAUCAGCAAAAACUGUAAAAAUAGUUCGACCAACUCAAGCUAACGUACAGAGAAUUUGGCACACUGAGAUCUACAUACAAAUGGAAUUGUGCACUUCUAAUCUCGAAAAACAUUUGAAGAAAAGAAACAGUAAAAUCAAAGAAAUAGGUCUUGAUGAACUUUCUAUCGACGGUGCGUUUAACCGUGAACUAGCUACUCAGAUGCUUUCAGCUAUUGAAUUUAUUCAUCAGAAAAACGUCAUUCACAGGGAUAUUAAGCCAAGUAACAUAUUCCUCAAACAUCAAGGUGAACGGAUCCGUUUUUUGCUCGGAGAUUUUGGAUUGGCUUGUGCACACAAUGAAGAUGGGACUGUUUCAAAAUCAUCGGGAACAAAAUCCGAUACUCUAUCCGGUGUAAUUGGUCACACAUCUGGAACAGGUACAAAAACGUAUGCUGCUCCGGAACAACUGAAAAGUAACGUUUACGGACCAGCUGUUGAUAUCUUUGCUGCUGGUAUGGUACUCCUUGAAGCAUACCAUGUGUUUUAUACAAGUAUGGAAAAAAUCGAAGCGUUUGAUGUUGUACGUAACAGAAAAUGUAAGAAAGAGUUAUUGGAACGCUUUCCGAUUUUGGCUAAGAACUGGUCUUCAGUGGCGUCCAGAGUCUUCAAAAUGACACAUUCCGACCCGUCGAAGAGACCUACUGCUUCUCAGCUUGUUCAGGAAUAUUUACACGUUGAAGCAAAGACAGUCGACGAUUUGAAAGCCAUCAUAAGAAAUCAGACCGCGCAACUUGCUGCCGCUCAUAAGCUCAUCCAAGAGCUACGGGAACUUCAGCGAUCUCGUGAUGAAAAGUGA